AUGUUUAUCCCUGUUGCUGUCAUUAAGGGUUUUCUAAGAUCCAAAACAUGACGACGUAGUCUAAAACUUUAGAACCUCAAAAGUCACAAUCACAAACAACCGUAUCCACCCUCCCAAUUCCCAUUACCAAAAACCAAACAAAAAAGAAACAAACCUAUAGUUAUCAUUAUCAACAAACCCAACACACACAAAAAUGGGAAUAGUAGAAGAAGCACACAACGUGAAAAUCUUAGGAACAGGCACACGGUUCAUAGUUCUAGCUCACGGAUUCGGCACAGACCAAUCUGUAUGGAAGCACCUCGUACCUCAUCUUCUAGAACAAUUUCGUGUCAUACUUUACGACAACAUGGGAGCUGGUACAACUAAUCCGGAUUACUUCGACUUCGAACGUUACUCAACGUUAGAAGGCUAUGCUUAUGAUUUACUAGCAAUCUUACAAGAAGUUGGAGUUGAUUCUUGUAUCUUUGUUGGUCAUUCGGUUUCUGCUAUGAUAGGAACUGUUGCAUCGAUUUCUCGUCCUGAUUUGUUUGCCAAAAUCAUCAUGGUAUCUGCUUCCCCAAGGUAUUUGAACGACAGUAAUUACUUCGGAGGAUUCGAACAAGAAGAUUUAGAUCAAUUAUUCAACGCUAUGGCAUCAAAUUACAAAUCAUGGUGUUCAGGCUUUGCUCCAAUGGCCAUUGGAGGGGACAUGGAGUCAGUGGCAGUACAAGAAUUCAGUAGAACAUUGUUCAACAUGAGACCCGACAUAGCACUAAGCGUGUUACAAACAAUUUUCAAAAGUGACAUGAGACAAAUAUUAUGUCUCGUCACUGUCCCAUGUCACAUAAUACAAAGUAUGAAGGACUUGGCUGUUCCGGUCGUGGUGGCGGAGUAUCUCCACCAACACGUCGGCGCCGAGUCCAUUGUCGAGGUGAUGUCGACGGAGGGUCAUUUACCGCAGUUGAGCUCGCCGGAUGUUGUUAUUCCGGUGAUACUAAAACACAUUCUUCAUGAUAUUGAAGCUUAAUGUUAAUUAAUGUGUGGUUGGUGUGUGUUUGUGGUGCAUGAUUGUAUUGUUUAGGUUUUAAUAAAGAAAUAAAAUAUUGAAAGAGACAAAGAGAGUUGCUUUUUGUUUUGUGUCUUUUUCGUAGAUGACCAAGAGAAAUGGGGUUGGCAACACAUGGUUUCAUAUCAAUUAUGCAUUGUUGUUUAUUGUAUAUUAGUUUUUAAUUUAGUUUAGUUUUGGUAGGUGGUGAUACCAUUUGAUAGGUAUUGGUAUCAAUUGUUGUCAUCUAUGUAUUAAUAAUGUGGAGAUGGAGGCUGUAAAUAAUGAAUAAAUAGUUUGUUGUCUUGUUAUCA